GACCUGACCUUUGAACUCUAGAGAUCAAAACAAUCCAAUGCUUGAUUCACCUGUCAAUUCGCACGUUGUUCUCCGUGUGGGAAUCUUCGAAACAUUUAUUGACAGUUCAUGUCCGCGGACAAAACAACGGACUCAAUCAAAGGAUGUCUGGACUUGGAAUACCUCCGCGCAGUAACAGCAAUGGCAGCACUGGAACGGAUUGUCAGUCGGCAGAAAUGAACAUUUUUCAAGAGCUAAUUUUCACAUUAAAAGACAUUGUUAUGGCUUUUGUUGUGGCCAUUUUUCGAUUCUUCGUGCCUCCGGCGAGAAAGUCAGUCAACGAUGAAAUUGUAUUAAUAACGGGUUCGGGUAACGGAAUGGGUCGCCAGCUUUGUAUUGAGUUUGCUAAAUUAGGUGCAAUUGUUGUUCUGUGCGAUUAUGAUAAAAAUUCCAAUGAAGAGACACAGAGAUUGAUCAAAGAAAACGGUGGACAGAGUUACAGUUAUACAUGUGACGUCAGUGAUCGUGUCGCUGUUUAUUGUAUGGGAGAACAGAUUCGCAAAGAUGUUGGUCAUGUGACUAUUUUGAUCAAUAACGCUGGUAUUGUAACGGGAAAGAGUUUAUUGGAGUGUCCUGAUGACCUCAUCGAAAAAACUUUCAACGUCAACUUAUUGGCACAAUUUUGGACUGUAAAAUGUUUUUUACCGGACAUGUUAAAGAAGAAUCACGGCCAUAUUGUCAACAUGGCUUCUUCGACUGGGUUAAUCGGCAUCAACAAGUUAACAGAUUAUUCCGCCAGUAAAUUUGGCGUGGUGGGAUUCACGGAGGUGUUGAACUAUGAGAUUGUAUUUAGUGGUUAUGAUGGCGUCCACACGACGUUACUCUGCCCGUCCUUUACUCAGACGGAGAUGUUCAAAGGAUGUCAGAUGAGGUUUCCGUGGGUGAUACCACCACUUAAAACUGAGGAAACCGUGGCAACUAUAAUGCAGGGUAUAUUAACCAAUCAGUAUGAAGUCUGUAUACCAAGAUUAGUCUAUAUAUUUUCAGUUUUAAAAACGAUGUUGCCUGUGGAGUGUAUGCUAGAAAUUAUCAGAUUUUUUGGAGCCCAUAAUUUUAUGGAGAAUUAUGUUGGACGUCAGAAACCAGACGAGACGGUCACCAGCAAUGGUGUGUUUAAGAAAUAGAGAUGAACGGGUGUUGUGUUUGAUGCAGAGUAUGCUUACAUUUUCCUGAACACCUAGUAACACUCACUCUUCAUUAUGGAAUCAUCUCAUGUUGUUGUUAUAUUGUUACUGGAUUGUACUAAACUCAUUCAUUGGACUUGGUAAUUUGACUAUUAUUUUCAGUCAAACUUGUUAUUGUGAUUGUCAAUCAGACUUGGUAUUUUGACUGUGAUUGUUAGCCAGAUUUGUUAUUUUGACUGUCAUUGUCAGCCAGAAUUGGUAUUUUGACUAUGAUUGUCAGCUAGAUUUGUUAUUUUGACUGUCAUUGUCAGCCAGAAUUGGUAUUUUGACUAUGAUUGUCAGCUCGAUUUGAUAUUUUGACUCACAUUGUCUAACAGGAAGCGAUGACAUUAUAGACUUGGUGUUUUGGCAGUCAGUAACGUACGUCCUGUUGUUUUUUUUUAAGUAGGCCUAUUUUAUGUGUUUUUAAUGUGAAAUUCCCACAAAAUACUCUUAUUCAUUUGAAUAAUUUGGCAGAUUGAUCAAUGUAACUUUAGUACCCACAUCAGGAUGCUAGUGAUGAAGUGAUGACAAUGCCUUAUUGUGAUCAAUGUAUUGUAACUCUACUUACCACAUCAGGAUGCUGGUGAUGACAAUGCCUUGUAAAAAAAUUUGAUGGUUCUCAGAUAUUCCCUUGUUACUUAAAUGAGCGGAGCCACAGUGGCUCAGUGAGUAAGACAGUGGUUUGUUAACCUGGGGGUCCUGUGUUUCAUCCCUGUGCUGACCAAGAAAGUUCACCAGUCUUUUAUGGCGUGGUUUCCGAUUGUCAGUGAUGUAAGUUGAAGGGUUCUGCCAAGGACAGCUGUCUAGUCUUUUGGAAGGGACAAAAAACUGAUGUCUCUUGUACACAUUGGCGUGCAUGUAAAAGAACCCUUGACAGUAAGAAUUCGAAAUAAGAGUAGGCCAUAGUGUCGCUGUCUGGGCAAAAUUUCCCUCAUAGCACCCUGUAGCAGAACAGUAGGACGUUAAACCCCAUUUCAUUUCAUUCCUUUUGAAAAAAUAAAACCCCUAAAAAUGAAAAACUCUGACACCCUCAACAGAUUUUUUGAAAGGUUUGUCUGACAACCAGAAAUUUUUAUUUGUAUGGCCUUAUUACGUGUUUUACAAAUAUUACCGUUAUUAUUGAUGUGUUAUCUCUGAUGGAUAAUAACUAAUCAGGAACAUGGCUAAAUCUAUUUGUUAAGGCCAGCUCAAUUUUUGUCAAGGUCGCUGAGAUCUCAGUUCAGAAAUUAGGGGCAAGGUCCAGGGUUAGGGCAUCUUCAAUAGAAGGCUUGAUCUCGCCUUAACUACGUACAUCUUAUCAAGCCCUUUACAUAAUACCCCGCAUAUUUUAGCACUAAUUUCUAAUGGGUAUAAGCCCAGCUUGUGAUCCUAUCAGAUUCCUUCGUAAAAAAUAUGGUUACGAUUAUCAAGUCUCGCGCUUCUAGCUAAAAUGUCUACAUGUUACAAUCGGGUUGCAAAGUUCAAGGUUCGAUCAAUGUCAAGGUUGCUGGAAAUCAUGGCUGAUCAACAAAGGCUGUAAACUUGUCUAUUUCUUUUUCUAUGGAGGCCGCCAUAUUUGUUUACAGUGUGUUAUGUGCCACGACCUCUGAUUGGACAAUGCUAAUUAGUCAAUGAUAACGAGCGCAAAAAUUUUGGAAUUGUUGAGUAUUGAAGCAACGACUAGAUGUUGUAAAACUCGCGGUCGUUGCUUCAGGAACAUGGGGUUAGGGUUGGGAUUGGCGCUAGCUCUGUUUACAUCUUGUGACCUAUGACGAAAAAUUGAGCUGGCCUUAUCAUUUAGCACUAAAGGAACACACUGGAUUGAUUAUAAAGUAGGAUUUAUUUCAGAUGGUCUGAUAUUUCUGUAUGUCUACAUACUGUCUGAGAUUCUGACGAGGGGGAACAACUGUAGUAAACAUAUAUUAGGAUUCAGACUACAUAAAUACGUUACUAUUAUUGAGAGAGAGAAAUGGGGUUUAACGUCCACUCGACACAACUAGGUUAUUUCGGGACUAACAUAUGGGUUAAUUUUAUUUCAAUAAUUCCAUUGCGCGUAGGGGUCUUUAGCAGUGGGAGAAAACUGGAAGACCCGGAGUAAACCCACGAGGUUGGACAGGCGAUAAUAUUAUUGAACAUUAAGCCUACAUUUAUAACUUGGUAAAGAUGCAUUAUGUAGGGCCUAAAAUUUAGAUAAAGAGUUAUACUGGUUUAAAAAUAGAUAAUGAUAAAUGAAUAUGUUUAAAAUUCCAGUCAAAUUACUUCACUCUGAGUAAAGUUAUAAGUGUUUGAAGUUUUGACAAGGCCCCAAGUUCACAAAGCAUUCUCAGACUUAAGUCAAGAAGUUACUCAAAAUUGUUCGCCUUAUUUUAGCUAAAAUAUAGCCCUUUACUAUAAAACGUUUGUUUUUUUAAUGUAUCAAAUACAUCAGUAAGAAAUAAUGUGCAAAGUUUUGUGUUUCUGGAUCAAAGAUAUUUAUCAUAAACAGUGAUUGAAAGUUGACUAAAUUCUUAAGUCUGGGAAUGCUUUGUGAAACUGGGGCAAGGUAGUCUCGGUUGUCAAGUACCAUUGCUAUGAUAAAAAACAAACUCUUGAUUAUCCAUUCUAACUGUAAUUGUUAAAUGCCGAGGGUGCUCUUAACCAUUCAAUAUCUCGACCAUCCGAUGUUCUAGAGAGUUGAUUAUAGGCUUGUCAUGUAAAUAAAUUGAAGCCAGGAAAAAGAUCCACAAUUGGCAGAUUCAGUCUUUUAGAUAAUACGCAAUAUUAACAGUUGUAAUGUGUGGUUUAAUGGUGGAGAGCGAGACAUUAAUUGAUAUAUUGAAACAACACAAGUUGUGUUAGUUACAAGGGCUAUACCCAUAUAUUAUGCAAUGUCUUGCACAAGACCAUUAAACAACUUAAAAUACAGACACUUGCACAUGCUUUGCAAUGAAAUAUGUCACACACAUUGCAGUACCAUUAUUUGAACUAAUGACGUCACAUCUGUAUUUUAAAUAUAUUGAAUCUAUAAUUGUUAUGGUAUAUAUAUAAAUAUAUAUGUUUUAUUGUUAAUAUUCAUGCUAUUUCAUUCCAAAUGACAUCAUUAUUUAUGACAUCAUCAUUGUAUAUGACAUCACUGUUUCUGUGUGCUGACAUAAAGCUGUUUUAUUCAUAUUAAUGACUUGGCCUAGGGUUUCACGAAGCAUUCUCGGAUUUACGUUAAGAAUUUACUCAAAACUGUUCGCCUUAUUUUAACUAAAAUAUAGCAUUUUAUAUAACUUUUGUUGUUUUAAUUUAUAAUGAUGUGCAAUUAUCCAAAGAACAAGUGCUAAAUGAUAAGGCCAGCUCAAUUUUUCUUCAUAGGUCACAAGAUGUAAACAGGGCUCUCAGCGACUGUGACAAAAAUUGAGCUGGCCUUAAGAAAUAGACUUAGCAAAGUUGUAUGUUGAUCCUACUCAAAUUGGAACUUUACACUUUUCUUUUUUAAAGAGCAUCAAUCAAGAACAAAAACUGUAUCCAAACAAAUAUUUGUAGUAAAAAUCUUGUGCUAUGUCAUAUAAAUACUAAUAUUUACGAUACAGGGCUGCAGAUGUAAUCAAUAUCUCUAUAUUAUUUUGGGAGAUGCUAAUUGUAGACAAGUUGGGGAGGUUCGGGUGUUUCUGGAAUCCAAAAUGGCCGUUUUACAUAAAUGAAAAUUUUUGGGAAUAGUAAUUCUAAUCAUAUUUAGAAGACUAAACUUGGAUGUAAUUUAACGUUUACCCCUCUUAAAAGGGUUAGGAUUAGGGUUAGUAUCCCCAAAAUACUCAUUUAUAAAAAGCGUCCAUUUUGGUCUCCGGAAAUUUCCAAACUUCCCCAACCGGCCCACAAUUAGCAUCUCCCAUUGUUAUUACUCAUACUCAUUGUGUUACCAUAUUGUGUAAUAUUUUAUCUUUUUAUUCUACAUUAUAUUCACAAAUUACAAAUCGUUUUAUUUUAUUUAUUAGUUCGAUCCCUGCAUUGGCCGAG